UUAGUUAAGACACGACUGUCCUUCCGGUUGUUCGUUCUCGGAGUUAUCAUUAGUGAACUGUGUAAUAAUUGAUCGAGUGUGUGUGUGAACAAGGAUACGAUUCGUUAUGACCUCUGCAAUACAAUCCUUCUACAAGAACAAGACCAUUCUGAUUACAGGUGGCAGUGGAUUUUUGGGAAAAGUGACCAUUGAGAAGCUUCUCCGCUCGACGGAAGUGAAGCGGAUCUAUGUGUUGAUCAGGACGAAGAAGGGUCAAGAGCCUCAGGAACGCAUUGCAGGCUGGAAGGAUGAACCUUUCUUUAGUGUUCUGCUCGAAUCCAAGCCGGAUAUAAUGAAGAAACUGGUGCCCAUAGCAGGAGACAUUGCUACACAAGAUAUGGGCAUCAGUCUUUCGGAUAGGGAACUUCUCAUGAAGGAGGUCCAAGUGGUGUUCAAUGGAGCAGCAACUACUCGCUUCACGGAGCGACUGCACGUGGCUUUGGACACCAACACGCGGCCAACUCGGACAUUGUUGCAGCUGGCCAGGGAAAUGAGUCGCCUGGAGGCUUUUAUUCAUGUUUCCACAGCCUACUGUAACUGCAUUAGCUUUCACAUCGAGGAACGCUUUUACCCCGAACACUUGAAUUGUAAUGCCGAUCAGGCCUUGGGACUGCGAGAGGUUCUGGGAGAUAAGUUGACAAGUGAAGCUGCACCCGUCCUGAUGGACAAGUUUCCCAACACUUAUACUUUUACGAAAGCGCUGUCGGAGCAAAUUAUUGAGCGCGAGUCGGGCGAUCUGCCCGUGGCUGUCUUUCGACCGGGUAUCGUUGUUAACACCUAUAAGGAACCUGUUGAGGGUUGGAUAAUGAAUCCGUAUGGUGGCCCACUGCUGCACCACGCUGCUGCUCUGGGUACUGUGCGUACCGCACUACUAAACCCUGUUAGUAACGCCAAUAUCCUGCCCGUCGACUACUCCGUCAACAUGAUGCUUGCUCUUGGCUGGCACACGGCAGCAGAGGCCGCUGCUCGAAAGAAGAAUACGAUUGCUGCUCCCCCACCGCCCAUCUACAACUACGUGGCCAGUGAAAGCAAUAAGCUGAUGUGGGGGGAGUACAUGAAGAAAGUGUUGGCGCUUGGAAAUGAGUUUCCGCUGGAGGGCAUAAAGUGGUUUCCCUUCUUGAUCUGUACCGCAAAUAUUUGGAUGUUCCGACUGCUCGGCUUCUUCUUUCAUUAUGUGCCCGGCUUCUUUAUGGACCUCGUUUUACAAUUCAGGGGCCAGAAGCCGUUUAUCGUUAAGCUGUACCAGAAGAAUCACAGGCAAAUGGAGGUUCUGUCACAUUUCGGCAAUAAUAUCUGGAGAUUUACGACGGCCAAUACAAAUCAACUGUGGAACAUUAUGUCAUCAGUGGAUCGGGAGGUAUUCGUGUUCGACAUGGUCACGAUGAACUGGAAGGAUUUCUUGAUCAAAACCACAUCAGGCAUGCGAGUCUAUAUGGCCAAACAACCAAUCACCCCAGAAUCUAUAGCACGAGGUCGCAAGGCUCGAUCACGAACAAGGAUACGAUUCGUUAUGACCUCUGCAAUACAAUCCUUCUACAAGAACAAGACUAUUCUGAUUACAGGUGGCAGUGGAUUUUUGGGAAAAGUGACCAUUGAGAAGCUGCUCCGCGCGACGGAAGUGAAGCGGAUCUAUGUCUUGAUCAGGCCAAAGAAGGGUCAAGAGAUACAGGAACGCAUUGCAGGCUGGAAAGAUGAAACUGUCUUUAGAGUUCUGCUUGAAUCCAAGCCUGAUGCCUUAAAGAAACUGGUUCCCAUAGCAGGAGACAUCCUAGAACUGGAUUUGGGCAUCAGCCAGGCGGACAGGGAACUGCUCACAAGGGAGGUCGAAGUGGUGUUCCACGGAGCGGCAACUACUCGCUUCACGGAGCCACUGCACGUGGCUUUGAAGACCAACACUCGACCAACUCUGGUAUUGUUGCAAUUGGCCAGGGAAAUGAGUCGCCUGGAGGCUUUCAUUUAUGUGUCCACCGCCUACGGCAACUGCAUUAGCUUUCACAUCGAGGAACGCUACUACCCUGAGCACUUAAAGUGUAAUGCCGAUCAGGCCUUGAGCCUGCAAGAGGUUCUGGGAGAUAAGUUGACAAAUGAGGCUGCAUCCGUCUUGAUGGGCAAGUUUCCCAACACUUACACGUUUACCAAAGCGCUGUCGGAGCAGACUCUCGAGCACGAGUCGGGCGAUCUGCCCGUGGCUAUCUUUCGACCGGGUAUCGUUGUUAGCACCUACAAAGAACCUAUUGAGGGAUGGGUGGCGAGUCCGGUUGGUUGCACAAUGCUGCUCUUCGCUGUUGCAAUGGGUGCUGUGCGCACCGCAAUGGUAGACAUUUAUAGUAACGCCAAUAUCGUGCCCGUCGACUACUGCGUCAACCUGAUGCUUGCUAUUGGCUGGCACACGGCAGAAGAGGCCGCAGUUCGAAAGAAGAAUGCAAUUGCUGCUCCCCCACCGCCCAUCUACAAUCAUGUGCCCAGUGAAAGCAAUAAGCUAUUGUGGGGGGAGUACAGAGAUAACUCGGAGGCUCUUGGGGAUGUUUUUCCUCUGGAGGAAAUGAAGUGGUUACCCUUCUUGCACUGCACGACAAACCCUUGGGUGUUCCGAUUGCUCGCGUUCUUCUAUCAUUAUCUGCCUGCCUUCUUUGUAGACCUCGUCUUGAAACUCAGGGGCCAGAAGCCGCAAAUCGUUAAGCUGUACCAGAAGAUCCACACGCAGAUAGAGGUGAUGACAUGGUUCUGCAUCAAUAACUGGAGUUUUUCGACGCACAACGUCGACCAAUUGUGGAACAUCAUGUCACCGGAAGAUCGAAAUGUAUUCGAGUUCGACAUGGCGUCGGUGAACUGGAAAGAUUUCUUCUACAAGUCCAUAAGCGGCAUGCGAGCCUAUAUAGCGAAGGAAGGAAACACUCCGGAAUCUAUAAAGCGGGGUCGCAUUCUUAGAGCGCGCUUCCUCAUUCUACAUCGCCUGCUGCAGUGCAUCAUUUGUCUGUUUGCCGGCUUGCUGCUGUGGAAACUGCUGCGUUGUGUGCUUAAUUUCUAGUUUGCCUCUAAUCAUAUUAUUUGCAAUGUAAUAAUAAACACUUAACAACACUUUAGCUGCAACUCACUGCCUGUGCUGGUAGCGAGUCCUGCGCAGCACAAGGACGACGUAGCCUGCCAAAUGGCCACCAAGUAGAGCACUAAAAACACCGAGGAGCGCAACAUUUGAACGCGUCGCCAACUGGCAAUCAACUAAGCAAUGAAUAAGCAACGAGACUAAAGACAGUCGACGCACACAUAUUUUGCUCUCUCGUUGCCUUCGUCCUUGAUUGGUCACAUCCGCUGUUCGCUUUCCUUUUCAGACUUCCCCCAGACGGAAGCUGUCAAUUCGCGGCGCAGAAGUUUGCCGCCAUUUGCUGGCGAUUAGCAUAAUUCGAUUGGGUCGAUCGAUUGGGAUUGUCUCGCUAUCUGAAUCUACCAUAAGGCUAAUUUAUGGGGCGCCAACUUACGAUUCGAGCGUCCCUUCGCAUCUUGCGUAUCCUGCAAACUGUUUUCCUUAGCGGGCGCUGAAAGCGGCGGCUUCAAGGCGACACUGGCUGCCUCCAAAAUGGGUGCCACCAAACGCUGCUCGUCGGCCACGAAUUUGUACUUGCCACGAAACCCUUUUGCAGUGCGAUUUGAGCUGGCAUUGAACUCCAGCAGCAGAUCAGGCCCGCUGCUAAGGAUGCGACGUGUGGGGCAAGGUGAGCACAGCACAUCGAUGACGGCAUUCAUGUGAGCUGACUCCGCAUCAAAGAUGGUCACUGCAUCCAACUGACAGCCACCAUGAGUCACCGGCGGCAGCUGCAACUCCUCGAACUGCAGCUCGACGCGGCUGUCGGGUCUGCCAAUGAAUUUGUAGGCGCAUUUGAUGUGCGCUGGAUAGUGGGCGGGGAAGCGGGGCGAGUGGAAGUGGCCCUGACCCAGCUGGCCAUCUGCUGAGGUGCUGGCAAAGAAAUAAUAAUCGCAGAAGCUGUGUGGCACCAGGCGACCCUCAGUUCUGAAGGAUUCUAGAGAGAGUUUCAAGUAGGUUUAGUAAGUUGGAGAUAGAAGAAGAUGGAUUAGGCUUACCUUGUUUGAGGAACCGAUAGCUGGCUGUCAGAUUCAAUGGCCAGUUGGUCAACUUGGCUGGCGGCUGUUGAAAACUUAAGCGAAGUCCCAGCAGCCUCCCGGCGGUAUAAAUAGGCGUGGCAUUGCGAUCGCUGUGCUGGCACCAAGUAUACGACGCCAGCGUCGAGUUCUCGAUGACGGGCUCCCGAAGAUACGGAAAGACCUCGACGGUGUCCAAGCAGCUGUCACCAAAAAAUAUAUGCAGUAUAUGCAUUGAGAAAGAUAGAGAGAGAAUGAAAUGGCCGAAAGACAAAAUGGCCGAAUCACAAUUCUAAUGAUGUCGAAAAUUUAUUGGCCGAUACAUUUGGGGCUGGUCGCUUGGCCGCCUCGUUGGUCAGACUAUAAAUAGUCUGGUGCCCCUCUUCCUCUCCCUCUUCACAGCAGACAAGGUGAAUCGCAUUGCUUUACUGCUUGGUUCUUCAUCAUUUAUUUUGAUAAAAGUCUAACAAAAGUUGGCGUUAAGGUUAACAAAAUUCGAGCAGGAGUGUCUAAUAAAUUUUGUGAAUUUUAAUCAUUUGUAUGUAGGCGAAGCUGAUUAUCAUUGAAAUGUAUUUCUAAACGAAAUAUGGGGUUAGAACCUGUAUAAGAAGUGCCACCAAAUAUGACAGCUAUUGUGUUAGCUAAACAAACAUGCAAUGAAUUUAACAAAUUAAUAACAAAAAUAAAAUAUGAUGAGUAGGCGAAUUAAAGUCGAAAGCACAAGGAAA